AUGCUACCCUUCAAGCUCCUCAGUACUCUAGUAACAUUCACCUCAGCUCUAUCGUUCAUAGGAACAUCGGCACAAAACUUCUGCAUUCACGGCAUCAACUACAACCCUCGUAUUGGACCCGACUGGGCUCCAGUUGAACAGCGAUGCAAGACCCCCGCUAGUAUUCAGGAGGAUAUGGAAACUCUAGCUCAAGUCACCCGCUCCAUUCGCUUGUAUGGGCUUGAAGACUGCGACCAAAGCUCGACUGUACUACCUGCAGCUAUCAAUGCGGGUUUAACCGUCUCGUUGGGCCUCUGGGUCACCGGUGAUGACGCUGUCUUCGAGUCGGAGUUUGAGCAACUGCAGACGCUCAUUCAGCAGCACUCGGAUCUAUUCACUAGCGGAAGGAUUGUUGACAUUCACGUGGGUAGUGAAGCCAUCUAUCGGAAGGAGAUCACUGCCGCGACAAACAUCGAAUAUCUGCAACGUGUCAAGGCUCUUCUCACCGCUUACAACGUGGAUGUGCUUGCUACAAUUGCAGAGAUUGGCGACGUGUAUCUGGCCCACCCAGAGCUCAUCAACGCUGUGGACUUCGUGCAAGCCAACGGUUUCCCCUUCUGGGAGAGAAUCGCUGUAGAGAACGCUGUAGCUUACUUUGAGUCGAGAAUGGAGCCGCUGUAUCUACAGGCAAUUGCCAGUGACAAGAAAUUGGUGAUCGGAGAGACCGGAUGGGCGUCGGGUGGAUUGAGUCCCAAUGCGUCGGAGGCUUCGCCCUCGAACGCCGCUCACUACUUCAACGACUUCUAUCAGAUGGCUCAGCAGCAAGGACUCGAGUUCUACUACUUCGAGGGUUUUGACGAGGAAUGGAAGGUUUACACCACUGAUGACACCGUCGAGGGAUACUUUGGCCUGUUCCAAGGGGACAGGACACUCAAACCUGAGAUCGCUGCUCUCUCGCUUGGCUCAAGCUGUUCUACUAGUAGAAGCGAGGAGGCCAGUGCUAGCUCUGGUGCAUAUACUCCUGGAACAGACGCUCCAGCCCCCACCGAGUCUACCAGUACCACAACGCCGCCGCCUACUAGCACCGCCAGACCCGAAGAGUGCCACGUAAGACGGUCGUAG